GUGUAAAUAAUCUUUUUCACGAUCACUAAGAUUUGUUACGAGUAAUUUUUAGCUUAGGAAAAGAUAAAGGUAUACAAAUCUCUUUGGCCAAGAAAACUACAACCAAUGGAAAUGAUGGAGAUAAUUUGUUAUUAUUAAAUUGAUAAGAUACAGGUGGUACAAAGUCGUUGAUUGCAUCUUACUCAUAAGCGCAUAUGUACAUAUAUCAGACUGUCCAUUCGCAAAAGUUGUUAGUUGCUGUUUUCACUCGCAUCAAGCGCAUUUAUACUACGGUCUCUGUAUCCAUAAAAAAGGCAGUUGAAAAUAUCUUGACUUUAGCAUUUCUGCAAAUAUUUAUUCAUACAAGAUCAAAAUGGGUAAACCAGACUUGGACAGACGUGUUCUCUCCAUACAAAGUCACGUGGUACACGGUUAUGUCGGGAAUAAGAGUGCUGCAUUUCCAUUACAGGUAUUGGGUUUCGAAGUUGACGCCAUAAAUUCUGUGCAGUUAUCUAAUCACACUGGCUACAAAGCCAUUAAAGGGCAAAUAUUGCAAGAAAAGGAACUUGUUGAACUCUUUGAAGGAUUGGAGGCCAAUAACUUGCUACAAUUUUACUCUCAUUUACUAACGGGUUAUACGGGUAAUGGGUCAUUUUUAAAACGAAUUUCUUAUAUUGUAAAAAAGCUUAGGGAAAUCAACCCCCGUUUGAUAUAUGUUUGUGAUCCUGUCAUGGGCGAUAACGGCAAAAUGUAUGUACCUGAAGAUUUACUGCCAAUUUAUCGCGAUGAAAUUAUACCCCUUGCCGAUAUAAUAACUCCAAACCAAUAUGAAGUAGAAUUACUAACGGAAAAAAAGAUUACUAACGAAGACGAUGUUUGGUCGGCGGUUCAAUGGUUUCAUGACCGCGGUAUCGAAACAGUGGUGAUUUCUAGCAGUGAACUGGGCCGAGAAAAUGAGUUACGUGCUUUUUUGAGCAAGAAAAACGGCAGCCGCUAUAUAAUAAAUAUUCCACGUCAAGGAAACGGUAUAUCAUUUACAGGUACUGGUGACCUCUUUGCUUCGCUUUUCCUGGCACACAGUCACUUCACGAAUGAUUUGGGAAUCGCUUUUGAAAAAACGAUAGCCUCAUUGCAAGCUGUAAUAAAACGCACACUUGAAUCCAUGCCCGAGGAUGUUUUGUCCGGCAAACGUAAAGUAACUGCACAAGAGUGUGAACUUAAAUUAAUACAAAGUAAAGGUGUUAUUGAAAGCCCACUGGUAGUGCUAAAGGCACAACAAAUAAAAUAACCGUAAAGCCGUUUUUAUUUUACCGGUUUGUUGACACAGAACAAAAGCAAUCAAUCCCUAUGGUGUUUAACUGGCAUUUUGAGUCUACACAUUCUAUUUAAAAACGUUUACAAUGUUUAUAUAUGAUAAUUAUUUAUACGUAUGUAUGCUUGUUAUUUGGCUGUACUUCGCAUUGUUAUAUUAUAAUAUUUAGAGGACAAUAAUAAAUGUAAAAUAUUGUAUGCAGAAAAAGAGAA